ACGCAUCAUGUAUGAACCACGACCACGAUCUGCUUGCACAUCACAACCACAUCAUUCCGGACGACUCGUGACUCCCCUCUUCUGAGCCUAUCCACUGAUGAAUGUCUGGCUCAUGGCGGAAACGCAAGACGCGCUUGAACAGUCUGCUGAACGACGACGGCGACGAAGACGCCAAGUCGCUGGCCCUGGACCGUAUUCUGCAUGGACAAACUGUCAUCGGUAAGACUUCCCGGACAACCCAGAUUGAAGAAUCAAGGUUUGGGGACAAGGACUUGGGUGUUCUCGGAACACUGGAGUUCGGCCAGUAUGGCGUGAUUGAUGUGGUCACAUGCAAGCUCAACGGCAAGACGUACAUUCGCAAGUCCGUCGAGAAGAAGUUUGCCGUGAAGACCCAAGAUCAAUGUAGCCCUCAGACAGAACGCGACAUACUGCUUCGCGCAUUGAAGAGCGAGACACGCUGGGCUCCACACUUGCUAUGCGCAUUUCAGUCCCCAACGCACCUAAACCUCGUAAUGGACUAUGCAGAGGGCGGUACCCUCUGGGAUGUCAUGGAGUCGAGCCCGCAUGAUAGUCGCGUGCUCGAGAGCGACAUUGCUUGGUGGACGCCGCAGAUUGUCAGCGCAAUCCACUGGUGCCACUCGCAAGGAUUUGUGCAUCGAGACAUCAAGCCGCAUAACUUCGUGCUCACUGCGAGCUCCCAUGUCCAGCUUAUCGACUUCGGCUCAGCGGCUCCGCUUCUUCCUCCUAAUGACGACGGCGGCCAGCUUGUUCCCAAGCGGUACUGUCUCGUCCCGUGUGGCACGUGUGACUACAUCUCCCCAGAAAUUCUGCAGUGCCACGAGGAAGCCUUGGUUGCUCUGGAGAUGUCAGAUAAUCCGGAGAACAUGUCAUCGAUAUCUGAGCACGAGCCCGGAGGGUACGGUCGCGAGACCGACUGGUGGAGCUUCGGCGCCAUGCUGUACGAGAUGGCAUACGGUGUUGCACCCUUCUUUGCUACCGAGAUUCGUCAGACAUAUAUAAAAAUUAUAGACCAUCGGCAUAGUUUGCGAUUCAGCUCUAAGAUCGCAGUAUCUGCCGAGCUACGAGAUCUUAUUAGCAGGCUGCUCAGCAGCGCAGAGCUGCGUCUCGGACGAACAUCAGUGGAAGAAAUCAUGACACAUUCAUUUUUCCAAGACAUGAAGUGGGAUGAUCUACACAAUCGGCACAAACCGGAGGGGCUCCACUUGCCCCAGUUCACGUAUGCGACUCCGCUCCCCGGGGAGGGAGAGGAGGCAGCGGGCAAUGCUUCAGACUCUAGGGCAUUUGCUUUCUCUGCAUUUUUCCAUUCUUCCCCUCUCUCCGCUGCGGUUGGCUCCUUGUUACUACCGACUCCGGGACGUACUCAACAGACCAACAAGUCAAUACUACGGGAACCCUCGGUAGCCUCAUUCAUUGGCUUCUCCUGGGGUCCUUCAACUGAUGCAUUUGACGGUGCUGAACCCAACUUAGCGCCAGUCCCUCCGAUUGCGCAGACUCCACGUCUUGUGCGGCAGCCAUUCACGCCCUUGGUGUCGAAAAUUGCGCCUGUUCAGGCUACUCCCCAGCGCUUUCCAUUGACGCCUAUGCGCCCGAGCGGUCUGACGCCUUUCCGGUCUCUGCCUCGUCCGAGCACAGCCAAACGCACUGUGCAACGAAGAGCAGUCUCGGACCGGGAAGCCUUGAAGCAACUCGUUAACUGUGUCGGCAUGUCCGCCCGCAAAAAGGUGCUGGAAAGUGGCAGGAAGCCUCGGAUUUUGACCUCCGGUAGCGCUCGCUCGCGUUCGUCCACGCUGAAGGAACUCCGCUUCGAUCGGUCGGUCAUGGUCGUGAACGGCGACAGCGGAGUCUCGUAUCGCAUGGACCCCACGACGACGACGUCCGAAUCCGGUAUCGGCACGUUGUCGUUUGCGCUAUCUGCGUCUGCAGCGUCCUCCGGUGGUGUCGAUUUAUUCAUACCGUCCGACACGGAUGGAGAGACGGAGUCUGAGGCUCCGCCGAGUCCAAGUCCAAGUCCUCGACCCGGCUCCGCAAUGUCAAUGUUGUCUAAGAGGAGCCAGACGCCUACCACCACAAAUUUCAACGGCCUGCAACCCGGGCCCCGGGGCACUCCCAACACGAAUGGCAAGGCUCACCCGUCAGCAGCUACGUUAAUCGAUCUGGUGCGGCCUCCAAGACAGCCUCAGAGUGCUACACGAGGUGACAGAAGACCAUUAUCUCCGGCUCCGCUUGUCGAGCCAGCUCAGCCUAUACACGAUACCAAAGAAUCCGUCAAGGUCACCGAGACACUCUCGUAUGACGUGCUGGACGAUUUGCAGCAUCGGCACGAAAAGCUGAUGCAGGAUAUCCUUGGUAUCACUGGACGGUUGGAAACGAUUUCGGCGAGGAUCAACACUAGAUCGUAAUUUAUGAUUCCGGUAAUUGUUGUGGCAUACAUUGACACAUGUAGCCCUACCACUCUAUACUAACAGCGGAUCGGUAUACCCUCUGAAGAGACUCAUUUUGUGUUAUGCUGCGUGCAACAACUUAGUAGUCCUCUUCGCUCCAGAGCUCGCCAAGAUGGGCUAUGGACUCUCCUGUGACGUCUUUCCAUUCAAUCCCGGGCCUCAUCUCGUCGGGUUUGACGACCUCGAACAUGUCACCCGCCCACUUGCCUCUGGUGAGUGACUGAUGCGACGACCAUCCCAUGCUUGUCGAUGGGUCUGCCGACCAGCCGAUCUGCGAUAGGAGAACAUGGCCAAGAUACAGCUCGCCGCGGAACAUCUGCUCCACCUCGCUCCCGCGCACGUACUCGUGUCUCGAGAGGUUGCAAAGAACGAGGUUCGCCUCGUUCGUGUACGUCUCGUUGACAGACAGCGACUCCAAGCCGUCAACGAGCCUACGAUACCUCUUUCUGUCAGCCUUCGAGAGCCUCAUGGACUCGAAGACCCGGUUGAGGUUCGAGAUGACGGAGUACCACUGGCCGAGCGACGAGGUGCGGCGGCGCCUGUAGGUGUCGAAGGUGAGGACAGAGAAGUCUGAGGAGCACGCGUUCGGGUCGACAGACUCCCGGCUGACGCCUAGCUGCUCGUAGACGAGGCCCUGAAUAGACGGCGGGAAGUCGUUGUCCUCGGCGUAGUCGCCGAAGCAGAUGAGAUGGUGCCCGGCCCAAGGGGCGAGCUCGGCCGCGAGCAGCUCGCAGAUCCUGUCCCCGCCGAUGCUGCCGAGCGCGUCGUGAGCCAGAGCGAGGCGGACGGCAUCAGGCAGACGGGUGAUCUUGCUGAAGAUCUCGAGGAUGAGCUCGUCUGCGAGCGAGAGCAGCCUCGAGGAUCCCCUUCGGGGAUUUGUCGGAGCAUCUGGCUCUGAGCGUGGCCUGCAUUAAUGUGGC